AUGAAGCUGAUCAUUCUAGCAGCAGCAUUAACGCUGUUCACCACAGCCUCAGCACACUCAUGGUUGCACUGCACCAACCACAACAACACCGGUAUAAAAGCCGACAUGGCAGCUGCGGCACUUGCAACGCCACAGGCGCCGGUUGAUCCGCUCAUGCCGGGUUUCGCACACCUAUGCCACGGCUGGCCGCGCGCAAAGCAGAACCCAGGCGAUUGGAGAGACGAAGGCAUAGAAUAUUUAUGGGAUCUCCCCGCCGCAGCCUCAAAGGGCGACACGCACGCCUGCCACCCCCGCCAACGCGCGCCAGCGCAAUACCUAACUCCUACGAUCCCGCAAGAACCUGGUAGCAAGCCACCGCACCACGACGCGCCGGCCCCGAUGGCAACAGCUGCCGCCGGGUCAUCUAUAACACUCAUGUUCGGUGGCAAUGGGCACAGCCGGGGCAAUUUUGGCGGCGUGGAGAAGGGCGAUCCGGGAAGGGUCUCCGUGUACUGGGCUGGUAGUAAAGAAAAGGAGAUUGUGGAUGUGAAGGAAUUAACAAAAGAGAAUCUUGUGCAGGAUAAUGGGUUUAGUGAAGAGAGCUUUGCGUAUCCGGCGGAUUUGAAGGUUACGGCGCCGCCGGCGCUGCAGGAUAAGGGAAACUGGCAGACGGUGCAUUUGUAA